AUGGACCGUGAACAAUUAACCUCAGAAGUGAAUCAGGCUUACAAUCGCUGGCUUCAAAUGAAUCAGCAAUAUGGCCAACAGGCAACUAGUUACCCAGAAUAUAUACAGUUGACCAAGUACUUGACGUUCGCAGCCAAAAACAAGGACAACACAACAAAUCAGCAAGAGUCUCAUAUAGUUGACCAAUCAUAUGGAGAAGGUACACAUCGCUUUCUGGAGCGGCAGCAAGAGCACAAUUUGGGCCAAGGACAAACACAAAAGGAGGAACAAGUUGAGCAAUCUGAACUAUCAGAUCAAUUAGACCACCUAGAAAAACCAGAGGACCUCGAUCAUUCAAUGCAACAAGUACUGACCAAUAAAUCCGAAAAACCAGUUCAGCCAGGGUCACAGUUUUCAAUGCAAGAGCCAAGUUUCUCUGAUGUAUUACCUCAUGUCCAAGAGCAAGAAAAGCGGUUCUCAAGUACUACAUCUUCUGAUAUACACUCCACUGCCUAUGACCAGACCCAAAGUGCCUCCUCUGUUGUUAAUCCUUUACAAGCGUAUUUGCCCAAUAAUCAACUGCCACCCGAAACUUUUUCUGGCCAAAAUUAUAACACUAUACGGCAGGACCAAGACCACCAGCAAGAGCAAAAGCAACCUCAAGUAGCUACUAGCAGUAUGAAUGCGACUACAAUUUUCAAUUCACAGCAAUCGUUUCUUUUGAAGGCGCAGCUUACCGCAUUCCGGGGAUUAGCAAAGAAUCAACAGCUGCCUCCUGAGGUGCGACAAGUUCUUUCGACUGCCUAUAAUCAACUGAAGCAACGAGUCAAUACACCAGUGGAGAAUACAAAGUCUAGAGGUGUCAAAACAGAUUUAGAGCAUUCUCAGGAUGCAUUCAAGGAGCACGGUUUUAACCAAUCGAUGCAACAAUCGAUAUCCCAGAAUUUGCCACAGAAUGUUAGUCAAUUGCAAAAUUAUUCCCAGGCACCUGUCGGCCAUCCAGCAUCAAUUGGUAAAGGCUCUCAGACUGAUAAGAGCGUGGGAUUUAAAGGGAAAAGGGAUUCAUCACUUACUGCAAGCAAAACUCCUAAGCAACCAUAUCUUCUCCAGCAGAAACACAUACAAACACAGCCUAACAUAUCGUCACCACAAUUUCCCAAUUCUCAAAUGACAACACAACUCAUUCCACAAUCGGGUCAAGAGGUUGCUAGAGUGGCAAACACUUCUACACCCUUGAUCCUGAAAAUGUUUCCUCCAGACACUCCACCUGUAUCUAUAUCUGAACUCACAAAAAAAAUGCCCACAGUUUUGAAUAUUGUGCAAGUGCAUGAUCCCACUGUGAAAGUAGACAGUUUUACUGUCCCGUUUGCCCCUCCGAAGGGCUCGAUUCCAUUCGAAUCUUUAGCAAGCCACAGGUCAAGCAUGUUAUUACCAAGUGUCCAUCCUCCAGUGAUCAACACAUCUGCUGCAAGAGAAACAUAUGACCUUCUUCAUAGCUUGAGCAUUGACUAUUAUAAGGACUCAUUAGAGAAAAUGCGAAUGGAAUCGAAUUUUCAUAAUGAAACUGCUUUGAGAGGUUUGGAGCUUGAACUUGAUGCCAUCAUGCUACUUCCUCUCCAGAAGGCCUUGAGAGGCCACAUUCUAUCCAUUACCCAUCAUCAAAACUCUUUACUAAUCAACAACCAUCCUAAUUUUCUUUCUAAAACUCGGAAAGUAUCUAUUGAUGAUGCUGUGGUUACGAACAACUUGUAUGUUCAGCAACAGUCUCUUGCUGUGCAGAUGGAGCAAACCAAACAGAUCAAAAAGCUAGAUAAUAUCAUCGAAUCCUCCAAAUAUCUAAAGGAUUGUAGAAUGACUAUGAAAGAAAGACGUUCCAAGAUGGGAAAACUUAUAUAUCAUUUUCAUUCGUUAGUCGAAAGAGAUGAGCAAAAAAGGAUAGAAAAGAAUGCUAGGCAACGGCUGCAAGCUUUAAAAGCUAAUGAUGAGGAAACCUACAUCAAGUUAUUGGAUCAGACGAAAGAUGCAAGAAUUACACAUCUUCUAAAGCAGACAAACAGUUUUCUGGACUCUUUGGCCCAGGCAGUAAAAGACCAACAACAAGAAUCUAAACUUUUUCUCGGAGGGGGAUCUACAUAUAUGGAUGACAAUCUUGACGCAAAAGACAAUAACGACUCAAGCACCGACUAUUAUAGCAUUGCUCAUAAAAUUAAGGAAGAAAUUACCAAACAGCCAACGAUAUUGGUGGGAGGGGUUCUAAAAGAAUACCAGGUGAAAGGUUUGCAAUGGAUGGUAUCACUGUUUAAUAACAAACUGAAUGGUAUUUUAGCUGAUGAAAUGGGUCUAGGCAAGACGAUUCAGACCAUUUCUUUGCUCACUUAUUUAGUAGAGAAAAAAAACAUACCGGGCCCCUUUUUAGUGAUCGUUCCUUUGUCGACGUUAACCAAUUGGAAUUCUGAGUUUGACAAAUGGGCUCCUUCGCUAAAGAAAAUAACCUACAAGGGCAAUCCCCAGUUCAGGAAAACUGUUCAGGCUGAUAUUAGGGCGAAAAAGUUUCAGGUUCUGCUGACCACCUAUGAGUACAUCAUUAAGGAUAGGCCUUUACUGAGCAAAGUGAAAUGGGUGCAUAUGAUAAUCGAUGAAGGGCAUAGAAUGAAGAAUGCCAAUAGCAAACUAUCGUCAACUUUAACCCAGUACUAUCACUCGGAUUAUAGGCUAAUUCUUACGGGGACACCACUUCAAAAUAGCCUUCCUGAACUUUGGGCACUUUUAAACUUUGUUUUACCCAAAAUUUUCAAUUCUGUGAAAUCUUUUGAUGAAUGGUUCAAUACCCCUUUUGCAAAUACUGGUUCUCAUGAUAAAAUAGCCUUAUCGGAAGAAGAAACUCUUUUGGUCAUUAGAAGACUGCACAAAGUAUUGAGACCGUUUUUAUUGAGGCGCCUGAAAAAAGACGUUGAAAAGGAUUUACCAGAAAAAAUCGAAAAAGUCGUCAAAUGCAAAUCGUCAGCUUUGCAGAUUAAAUUGUAUGAGCAAAUGCUCAAAUACAACCAACUCUUUGUUGGCGAUGAAUCAAAGAAACCAAUUGGUGUAAAGGGCUUAAAUAACAAGCUUAUGCAGCUGAGAAAGAUCUGUAAUCAUCCUUUCGUUUUCGAAGAAGUAGAAAAUUUGAUAAAUCCCACCAGAGAGACCAAUAAUAAUAUCUGGCGUGUCAGUGGAAAGUUUGAGUUGCUUGACAGAAUUUUGCCCAAGUUUAAGGCCACUGGGCACAGAGUACUAAUUUUCUUUCAAAUGACUCAGAUUAUGGAUAUCAUGGAAGACUUUUUGAGGCUCAGGGAUAUGAAAUAUCUAAGAUUAGAUGGAGCGACCAAGUCUGAUGACAGACAGGACAUGUUACGACUGUUCAAUGCUGAAGGCUCAGAUUACUUUGCAUUUUUGUUAUCUACAAGAGCUGGUGGCUUGGGUUUGAACUUGCAGACUGCAGAUACCGUUAUUAUUUUCGACAGUGAUUGGAAUCCUCAUCAGGACUUACAAGCUCAAGAUAGAGCUCAUCGUAUUGGCCAAAAGAAUGAGGUGCGGAUUCUUCGGUUAAUUACAGAAGAUUCGAUUGAGGAAGUCAUCUUGAGUAAGGCGUAUGAAAAGUUGGAUAUUGACGGAAAAGUUAUUCAAGCAGGUCGAUUUGAUAACAAAUCUACUGCAGAAGAACAAGAAGCUAUUUUGAGGCAAUUGUUAGAAGCUGGAGAGAGUAAAAAAUCGGACUCUGAAUUCGAUGACGAUAUGGAUGAUGACGAGCUAAAUCAGUUAUUAGCUAGAGAUGAUACUGAACUAAGAAAAUUCCAACAAUUGGACAAGGAUAGAGUAGAAGAGACGAAGAUUUUGCCCAGGCUCUUCACUGAAGCGGAAUUGCCUGAAGUUUACAGCCAGGAUCCCGACUUGUUCAUGCAGAAGAAUGAGGAUAUUGAUAUUUAUGGUAGAGGAAACAGGGAACGCAAGAUGAUGCACUACGAUGAUAACAUGACGGAGGAGCAAUGGCUACGUCAGCUAGAGGAUUCUGAAGAUGAUAACGAUGGACCUGAACCCGGAAGAAAAAGUAAGGGAAAGGCAACAGAUGACGGCCUCACAUUUACAGAAGGUGGCACAAAGCGUGAACUGAAUGACUUGGAAGCCGAAACUAAUGUCGUCGAUGUCCGCAAGAAACAUAAGAGUGAUAAUAAGCCUAUGAAAGUCGCAAAAAUUCGAACUCUCAAGCCAAAAGAUGCUGGACGUACCAAGGGAAAAUUGAAGCCAGGCUUCAAUGUCCCUCUUUCUAGACAUUUGUUCUCGACAUUACCGGUUUUAGACAACCGUGAGAGACAACAGUUGCAGGACAAUAUCACUGCAAUCAAUAACCAUCUUUUACAGUAUAUGAAAGAUGGUCGUAACUUGAGUGUCAUCUUUUUGACGAAACCCCCCAAGCGGCUUUAUCCCGAUUACUACAUUUUAAUCAAGUACCCCAUUGCGUUUGAUGUUAUCAAGAAGCGAAUCAGUCGACUAGUCUACGUUUCUUUGGAAGAAUUCAUGAACGAUAUCCACCUGAUGUUUAAUAAUGCCCGCACCUACAAUGAAGAGAAUUCAGUUGUCUACAAUGAUGCAGAAUUGUUGGAAGGACAGGCUCUUUUGAAAUAUAGGGAGAUCACCGGGAACUCUACCAUUGAUUUUAGCAAUCUGGAUUCAAUGCUUGGUAUCAGCAAAAUGUCUCAAACCCCAAAAGAUACAAGCAAGGUUGAAAAUAAUUUUACUGGUGACAAUCAACAGUUAGAGACAGCAUUUAUGCCAAGGUUCAAAGAAGAUAGUCCCCCGCGUACCUCCACUGCCAAGUACGUUUCAAAGCUCAAUGAUAAUGAAGGGAUCUCUGAUUCAUCUAUAUUAAGCGACACUGCGACUACAGAUUUCGAGUCGUCUGGACGUGUUCCUAAUGCACAGCCCUUGAAAGAGUAA